CUGAGAUCGGUUGGAACGGAAAUACGUCUGUAGGAAUGAAUGCGAGCGCAAGCGGCAUCAAGUAUUAAGCAGUCACAAGUCUCACUUCGAUAAGAGGACUGCCAUGGAGCACAGACGUGCAGUCGUUGUGUUCCUGACUCUCAUCCAGGGUAUUGAGCUAUGCAUUAUAGAAUUUUUUUGGUUUAACAUAGUCAUUGAAAUCUUUUGUUUUGAAACUUUGAGUACGGCAAGAUCAAAGUAUUAUUGAUUUUGUGGCACACGACACUACUUUCUUUGUGUUUAAACAAAAUAAUUAUUCAAUAACCAACUUUUACAACUUUUUUUAAGAACACUAAUAACUUUUUGUUUUUUUAAAUAUAAUGUUAAAAUAAUUUUUGAAUGUUUUAAAUUCUUGGUAAAUAUUUUAUUCUUACAUAUUUUUUUUUUAAAUCGAGUCACUUUAUUAUGUAAGAGUUAACCGUUUGGGAUUAAAUUUUCUUAAUAAAUUUCCUAAUUUCCAAUUAACGUGGAGGUAAAUGCAAUGCAGUUAAAAUCGUAAUUCAAAUGAGUAAAUUUGGCGUUAAGAGAAAAUGUAAGCAUUUGCCAUAUCGACACUUACAAUAACAUUAAAGGCCUUUUUUUAAUGGCAAAGAUAUUGUUCAGUAAUUCAAGCGUUAUCAAUAAUAUAUUGUUUUCAGCUAUCACCGUUUUUGGUGAUACCUGUUAUGAAUACGAUGCUUCUAAUUCCUUGACUUCCUCCUACUGUGCAUAUGGCUGCUGUGGAACUUAUAUGAACCGGUAUUGCUGUUCAUAGUAAGCUAUCAAUACACAUAUUACUUAGCGUAAAUACAUACAUUUUCCAUACAGAUUUGAUCAAUACAGACAUUCUUAUCUCAUCUAACACAAAAGUACAACACGAUUCCUGCAUUUUGAAACACUUCGAUUGUAUUGCAUAAUAUAACAUUGCUUAUACAAAAAUAGUCCUGGCAUAUGAGAUUGUCAUAGUGUACCAGCUCUUUUUGAAAGUUCUCUUAGUUUGGCGUUAAGUACCUUUUUAAAUACCCACUUAACGUCAACCUAUCGAGCUGCAACUUGGCACAUAGGCUAGUAGCCGAUGACAACACACUCUAACAAAUGUUCAGCCCCGACCCCUACCCCCCAAAUAACAGUUUUUACUGUUUUUCAAAGGGAAGAUAAAAUGAAAUUCCCGAUAACUGCAUAAAAUUUGACUAUUUUUAAGUGCGUUUGGUGCGUAAUAUUUUCUUCUUUUUUUUUCUUAAAUUGUUGGUAAAAUAAAUCUGUUGUGAAAAAGCGAGUAGGAAUUAGAAUAUUAAUAUAAUUCAAGGGCGUAAAAAAAUGUGCGUUUGCGAGUCUUGUUGGUUGGGUGUGGGGGGGGGGGGGAGAAAAGAGAAUAUUAAUUUGGAUUCUUAUAAAGUGGGCUACUUGUUUUGUCAAAUUUUUAGCCCGUACGCCCUAAGGCUCGAUAUUACAUUUAAUAGGAGUUAUACGAAAACUUUGUUGUAGUGAUUUAUUUAUUUAUCAGGAAUUUCCCUCAUAAUACUCUGUAAUAUUCGGUAAAUUAAUGUAUUUCCUCUAUUUAAAAAAAUCAUUUAUAUUAAAUUGUCAACUAAAUUCGUAUAAAUAAUUUUCUAGUAGUUCUAUUAAAUAUAACACAUCUCUUCCGUUUUAUCUUUUUAUUUAAUUCAACUGUAGGAAAGGUAAAGAGAUAAUUUAUAAGGCGAUCAGAAAUUUAACAAAUGUUUAUUGGAUAGUUGUGGGGAAAUUAUAUUUUAAAACUGGAUAUUCUAAGGAAGGGGAAAUGAUAAUGCAACCUCUCAAUGAUACGUCUCUCAUCAACACUAAUGAUACGCUCCACAAUUUUCAUGACAAGAGAAUAUUGUGUUGAGCUUAAUUUACUUAAUCACACAACACAAUAUCCUCGUGUAAUGAACCGAGCUAUCUCACGCAACGCUCGCGGCAACACAAUUUCAUUGUGCAUCAAUUAGAUAAAAGUUUAACGUUCAUGACCUAGUCGCAACGCAAAUCCAUGACACUUUUCCCUCUGCAUAACUCAUCUUAGAAAAGGACGAUUUUGGGCAAACGUGUGCCUGGGUGGGACUGUAGUCGGACAAAAGAAAUGGACAGAACUAUUUUAAUUAUCGGAUAAUGGAAAACAUAUGUGAAAACGUUAAGCUCUCUAGCUCCAAAAAUUUGUUUAGUAUAUAUUUUACACAAAUUUUGCUUUGUUUACGUACAUAUGAUCAUCAUCUAUCAUCGUUAUACAAUGAAAUAAUUUUCGUAAUAUGUCUAGAACUAACGCGAAGAGAGAGAGAGAGAGAGAGAGAAAGAGAGGGGGGGGAGAAUGGGGGGGGGAGAAAAUCUUUGUGACAGCUUUGUUAUAUUUACACAUUAUGCCAGUGGCCGGAAAAUCGCGGCACGCGAACCGCAUGUGGCUCUUCAGCGACCUAAGUGCGGCUCGGCCAGUCAGCCACAAAUCGGUUUUGCCCCCUAAAAAAAAACAUUGUUCUUGAAAAGAAAUUUGGUUCUCAAAUUUGUUUAAUCAUCCUGCUGCUGAUUUUUUGGCUCUUUUGAAUAAUUAGCUUGUCGAACACUGCACAAUGUCAUGCUUUGCUCUUUAAAGACGUUCUUGAAAACUACUUUAAACAUUAAUUGGUAACAGGAUAGAUAACCUUGGGACCUGCGUUCAUUUUCAUUAUACUCAGUUAUGCCCCUUAUAAAAUUCGUAACAAUUUUAUUUUAGUUCGCAGAACUUUAACCGAUUGGCUAAGUUACAAAUAUUUAUUUAAAAGACAUCUGCAAUUUUACGCAUAAUAUUACUAGCUAUAACAUAGUUGUAGUUGAACAUUGUCGUAUUAUAGCUCAGUCAAUAUAUAUCAUAGCCAUUUUUUUCAUAGUGAAAGUGAGGGGGGGGGGGGGAAUUAAAGUGUCUUGGCAAGCUUGUAUUUAGAACCACUCAAACAAAAUGGUUUUUUUUUUUCAACUCUUUUCAAUUAGUCUCAUUUUAGCAUUAAUCAAUGGCUGCGUUUUUUAAAUAAAUUAAUUAAUUGUUUUUAAUUUAAAUAAGGAAAAUGUAGUACAGUGGAUCCUCUCAUAACGAGCAUAAUUCGUUCCAGAAUCUUUCUCGUUAAGCGAAACACUCGUUAAACGAAACAAUUUUUCCCAUACAAAUCAAUGUAAAAUACGAUUAAUGCAUACUAUGCUUAAAAAAUACUAAUUUUUUCAAAAAAUUGUAUUAACAUUAAUUGAAAUAAAAUUGCUUAUGAAUUGUUAAGGGGUGUAACAACUUGGAAUACAAUUAAGAUUUGAAACAAAAAAACGUAAAUAAAAAUAUGACUUUAUGAAAAAUAAUUAAUCCUUUUUAGCUAGAAAACUGUCUAAAGACAUUUGUUUUUGCCGACGCUUCAAAAUUUGAAGAAAAUGUGUCACAGCAUUAUCAUUGAAUGAAUUUGUAGCACGAACAGCCACCUCCUUAUUAGGGUGAUGCUUCUCAAUGUACGAUGCAACAGUUUCCCAUGCUUUCAGCAGUUCGCUUAUUGCGCUAGAAGAUUGUUGCUCUGCUACUUCCUCAUCCAUUAAUGAGCUCUCCUCCAUAGUUUCUUGCUGUGAAACACGAUGCUACUCCAUAAGCUCUUCGGUGGUUAACUCUGGACAAGCUCUUCAAUAUCGUUGAUGUCCUCCUCGAGUCCCAUGAUAUUGGCCAAUGACUCAAUCUCGUUAACUGUAGACUCCACAGACAACAACACUCUCUGGCCAAAGUUUUUUUCCAAGCAGAAGUGAGGGAAAAAGGGACUUCCUCUUUCUGCGUAACUCGUUAUGCGAAAUAUCGCUCGUUAAGGGAGCAACUUCUUCACGUUUUUUUUUUGUUUUUUUUUGUUUUUUUGCGCGUUAUGCAAAUUACUCGUUAUGAGAGGUUCCAUUGUAUUUUAAAUAAUUAUUGCAUGAUCCACGCCGAUCAAUUGUACAUAUUAUCUGAAAAAAACAUACUAUUUUUUUUAAAAAGUACAACUCACAGUCAAGCUAAUCAAAAUUAUGGUUUACAUCUCAUCAGCUCCUACAGCAGCUACAGCAGUGCCGUGUCUUCCGUGUUCAGCAUUGGAACAAUUGUUGGCAUAGCUGUUGGUUCCUUUGCUGGCUUUGUUAUUCUCAUAGUCACAAUUGUGCUGAUAUGUAAGAAAUGCACAGCUCCGACUAGAGUUGUCAACGUUAUAGGACCACCGGCCCAGGGAGGUGCUGUCGUGACACAAACAAGUGGCAUGAUGUCACAAGGUGGCACUGCAGGUGAGUUUAGGACACAAUCUGGCACUGCAGGUGAUUUUAUGACAAAAACAAUUGGCAUGAUGACACAAGCUGGCACUCCGGGUGAGUUUUUUGCACAAACAAAUGGCAUGAUGACAAAAGCUGGCACUCCGGGUGAGUUUAUGGCACAAACAAGUGGCAUGAUGACACAAGCUGGCAUCCAGGUGAGUUUAUGACACAAACAAGUGGCAUGAUGACAGAAGCUGGCACUGCAGGUGAGUUUAUGACACUAACGAUUGAUAUACGUUUUUUUUUUAUUAAAUCCAGGUAUGUUCCCAGAUUAUAUGUAAGUGGUAUGCAAUUUAGCGUGUCUCAAUUAUUUAGUUAGUAUAUUGUAUUCAAUUUAGCAUGUCUGCAUUAUUUUGUUAGUAUAUGGUAUGCAAUGUAGCAUGUCUGCAUUACUUUGUUUGUAUAUGAUAGGCAAUGUAGCAUGUCUGCAUUAUUUUGUUAAUAGAUGGUAUGCAAUGUAGCAUGUGUGCAUUAUUUUGUUAGUAUAUGGUAUGCAAUGUAGCAUGUCUGCAUUACUUUGUUAGUAUAUGAUAGGCAAUGCAAUGUCUUGCGACUUAUUGUGAAUCAGAUGAACUCAUUAACAAAAUGAAAUACUUAUAUAAAUGUAAAUCGCAUUUCUUGUUCUCCUCUAUCUUCCAGGCCAAGUGCCAGCCUACAAUCCCCCAUUGUAUGGGUACUAAGAGACGUGAUGUCUUAUUGUAAUAUUAUCUGUACAUUAUACAGCGUGAUAAGCCAUGUGUGCACUGUUGUUGUUGUUUUCUCCAUGAGCUAUUUCAAUUAUCAAUAAUGUUAAGUGUUAUUUUAAUAUCAACACUUCUUGUGAGGCGCCUGAUGCUAAUGUUGAACGUUCAAAUAUUUUUUUUUAAAACAAAUAUAUUAAUUCUCAGAUUACUUAGCAUUAUUUGGUUGUUAGUUUGUUUUUUUUUAAAUAUUUCCAAGUACUAACCGAUUCAGUUUACUACAGCGGACUAUUCGAAAAACUAUCAAAAUAAUUUUUUAAUUAAAAUAAUACAUUUUCAAGAUAUACUCCUACAGUAAAACAUUAGAAAACUGACUACAAGGGAAACUUUUAUAAACCUGCUGAAUGCAAAAGUAUUUCAAUAGACUCGGUUAAGCCUAGGGGUUGUUAGUUACAACAAGAAGAUCAAUAUUUGAUAUGUUUUGUUUUUUUUAUUCAACAAUAAAAUUCACUGCGUGCCUUCUUUCUUCCACCAUCUCUCACUCACUAACUACCAAAUACCAUAGCAACUAACAACGUCAUCUCUCAAAACCCUAUGCAUCACAAAUACAAAUCACGCAGGAACAACUGCACAAUUAAUCUCCAAACCAAAACAUGCACUCGUUGAACAAAACAUUAACAAACUGGAACAUUGCACGUUUAACUGGAACACACAAAAAAAACAACAACAAAAAUUGAUGUUCUAAUAUGUGAAGAUGGCUUCUCGGCUGUCUGUACAAAUGUAUAGUUUAAAAAUAUAUGUUUAAAAACAAUCAUAAACUUCAUAUAGUCACUAAUUCCUCUCCACCCUAAUUUCCCCUUUUUUAUAACUCAUAUUUUCUCGUUGUAGCAAUGAAAUCACAAUGAAAACAUGUAUUAGUAUCCUGUAGAGUGCAAAAAAUACUAAAAUGAUGUAUCUAUAAAGUCACAGUGAAUAGU